GCAUUCAUGCAUGUAUAGUGUGUCACUGUAGUAAAUGUGGUUUACUGUUAAACACAACUGAAAUUAGUUGGUCCAACUGUCUUAAAACAUCGGAAAAUUAAGUUAUGGAUCGCUUUCGACUAUGGUCUGCUCGUCAUGAUAACCAACAAGUGGAUUUGGCGUUUGUUGUAGACUGCACUGGUUCCAUGGGCUCGUACAUCCGUGAAACUCAAAGAAACAUUAACUUUAUAGCGGAGAAGAUUUCGAAGACUUCCUUUAGUGUUCAUCUUGCUUUGGUUGAAUAUCGUGACCAUCCUCCAGAGGAUCGAUCUUUCGUUUCAAGAUUUCACGAUUUCACUCACGACGUUGCACAAAUGAAAGAAUGGGUAAAUCAAAUGUCAGCUAAUGGCGGGGGCGACUUUCCUGAAGCAGUUACCAGUGGCCUGUACGAUGCUGCUAAUCUUAGCUACAGGGAUAGAGCAACAAAGAUAUGUAUCUGGAUAGGAGAUGCACCUCCCCAUGGCUUGCAUCCAGACGGAGAUCAUUUUCCUCAUGGUGACCCAGAUGGUCGUGAUCCUGUUCAAAUAUGUCACGAAAUGGCGAGAAAAGGGAUAAUCUUGUAUUGUGUAGGAUGCGAACCUUCUUUGGCUCCAUAUAGAGACUUCUUUAUGGCAUUGAGCCACAUAACUGGUGGACAAUACAUACGUCUUCGAAGGGCAAGACUCCUCGCACAGGUUAUUGUUAAUUUGGCUCAAGAAGAAGUUGAGAACGAAAAUCUAAUGGGCCAUGUGGAAGAUCAUAUACAACUGGAACUUGCAAGCAUCCCAGACGCGACUGUUGCGCAACUCACAGAGAGCUUGCAUACGGCGAUGUCCUUGAACAACAAUCGUACUAGACAGGUACGUUUGAACGGUCGGGAAAUAGAAAGAGUGACGCAAUUGGCCAGGCAGAUGUCGUACAUGACCUUAUUGCCCCAGCUUGCUGAGGCAAUUCGCCCUCAACUUCACGUUCACGGUAGAUCUGAUGAAGAUGAACCAAUAACGACCGUUGAUAUAACUUCUUUGGACGUCGUCCCUGAAUGGACUUGUGAGAGAUUCGUACGAAGAUCUUUGGCAAGAUCGAAUUUGCCAGCUCGUAGAGGUGAAGAUGUUGAAAUGGAAGCAAAUAAUGGCUAAUAUAAACUUCUUGUUUGAGGUUUCGUGUUAAACAUGCAAGAAUUUUAUUUUUCUCGGUGAAGUGCGGGAGGGGGGAGGUCAAAAUGUUUCUAGGAAACAAUAAAUGAUUUUAGUUUGCAUGCGAUGUUUAAGUUGGUCAUCUUUUUUUAGACAUUUUUUUAUUUUCUAGUAAAUUUAGGCUAAAACAUCUUUUUCUAGCUCUAAUAAUUGAAAAUGAUCCACUCUGAACUUUUUUUGCACAAAUUUCUGCUUGAUUAUCCAAAAUGGCUUCAGUCAAUUGCUUAGAACAGGGGUGGGCAACUUCUCCAGUCGGCGGGCCAGAUUUAUGAAAAUGAAGUUAUUGGUGGGCCGGAUUAUUAUAUGAAUAAUAUUCAAUAUUCAAUGGUCGGAUACAGUCGGCGGGCCAGUCAAAAUCCCUUCGAGGGCCGGACCCGGCCCGCGGGCCGUAUGUUGCCCACCCCUGGCUUAGAACAACCCGAGAGCCAGGGCUCAAAACGAUGUGAGAACAAUACUUCUGGAAUAGCGGAGAAACUUAUCUGUUGUUUGACACUCAUCAAUUUUCUUGUAAUGUAAAGAGAAAACUUUUUUAUGAGAAAUGAUGACCAUAUUAAACAUCGUUUGCACGACGCCGAGGGAUUAACGUACAACACUUGUUGAUUUUAUGGACAGCAUAAUUAUUGAUGCAUUACGUAAACCAUGGUGGUAUUUUUUUAUGUAAUCUAUGUCACUGGCCUCAAACAAUCGGCAUCGUUUGAACUGAUGCGCAUUCCAUACUUACAGUGACAUAAAAAAGUUAUAAACUUAUUUCCUGUACGUGUUGUUUCAAUAAGAGGACAUACUGAAGGACA